AUGGCUCAUCUCACUAAGCCAGUCACGUAUGACAUCGAAUCUUCAAACAUAGCAUUGCUGGGAUCAGAGAUCGAGAAACGCGUCCGCAGACAUGCGGGCGAUAGUGAAUCCUCUUGGGAGGAUGUUGGGACCAGGCCUGGGCUGCGCAUCUGGCGGAUUGAAAACUUCAACGUUGUUGAUUGGCCGAAGGAUCGCUAUGGCUCCUUCUAUGACGGCGAUUCAUAUAUCGUCUUGCAUACAUAUAAGAAAGAUCCGAAAUCUGAGGCCCUGUCUUAUGAUCUUCACUUCUGGUUAGGUGCCGAAACUAGUCAAGAUGAGGCAGGUACAGCUGCUUAUAAGACCGUGGAGCUCGAUGAUCACCUCAAGGGGAGCCCCGUCCAACAUAGAGAAGUACAAGGUUUCGAGUCCUCACGGUUUCUGUCAUACUUCCCGCGAUGCAUCAUACUUCGUGGCGGCGUUUCCACUGGAUUUCAUCACGUCUCUGCUCCUCCGCCUUUGAACGUGAAGCGUCUCUACCAGAUCAGCGCUACACAGAGCACUCUUGCGACUGGGAAGUCGACCUUGGUCGUGCGUGAAGUCCGGCCAAAAGCUGCGAGCCUCGUCGAGGGCGACGUUUUUGUCCUGGACAAAGGCGUAGAAGUAUGGCAACUCAAUACGAAAGCCAGCAUUGGAAAGGAGAAAUUCAAAGCGGCUGAGUUCGUUCAGUUAGUGAUCAGUGACAGGGAGGGGCAGUGCCGAGUCGUGGUAUAUGAUGAAGGCAGCUCAGGGGCAGGAAUUUUCCUGUCUGAAUUUGGAGUCGAGGCUCUGACAUCAAGAGGGAUGACCGAUCGAUCGGUCAAGGUGCCAGUUACCCUGUACCGUGUUACGGACUCGACCGGCACAGUCAAAUUUGAACGAGUCUCACCGCCGACACAUUCAUCAUUCGACUCUGGAGAUGCAUUCCUUUUAGAUAAUUCGGCUGAUGUGGCUCAUCCAGCCAUAUUCAUUUGGAUUGGCAAAGAUGCUUCUCUCAAGGAGCGUCGACUUGCUAUGCAGUAUGCGCAGCAACACUUGUACAAUAAACGCGGAGCAGGAGAGCUCGUACACAUGGGGGUCUCUAUCAUCAGGAUGAAUGAAGGAUCAGAGAGUGAGGAAUUUAUCAACAUCAUCAAUGCACAAUGA